AUGCUGGCCCUCCACAUCGUCUCUUUCGCCGCGCUCGAAGUCGACUUCAACGCUGGCUGGCGCUUCCUUCGCGGCGAUGGCACCUACCAGCUACCCAGCUCCGACGACACGGACUGGCGUGACAUCGAGGCUCCGCACGACUGGGCCAUUGAGGACCUGCCGAGCCGCGAGGAGGACGAUGUGACGCCAGUGCUGGCCGUUCGCCACGGAAUAUGGCGCUUCUACCGCGGCGAGGGCAACGACACGUUCGCGGCGCCUGGCUUCGACGACGCAGGCUGGACAGACAUCCAAGUCCCAAGCGACUGGCGUGCGGCCGCCGGCUACGAGGCAGCCAACGCGUCCGGCUGGUAUCGUCGAAACUUCACCGUGUCUGCCGCCGCCUUUGCGGCGGCGAGAGCGGGCACCCUGCGGCUCGCCCUCGGCUCUGUCGCGACCGCCGACCGCACCUACAUCAACGGCGCGAAGGUGGGCAGCACCGGCGCCUGGCACAAGCCGGGCGGCUGCUCCUCACGCCUCGACUACCGCAGCUACGCGGUGCCCGCGAGCGCGUUGCACGUCGGCCCCGACAACGUGGCCGCAAUCUGGGUCUGGAGCGAGGGCUCAGGCCCGGCAGGGCUGGUGGACUGGGCCCAGCCGGACCGGCGCAUCGGCCCCUUCGACCCGGGCGCCUCGCCCGGCCACAAGCAGACGGGCUACACGCUUGGCGGCGUGGGCUGGUAUCGUAAGACGUUCCGACCAGACGCGAGCUGGGGCGAGCGGCUGCAGCUCUUCGUAGAAGGGUGCUACAUGAACUGCUCGGUGUACCUGAACGGCGAGCACCUCCUGACCCACCCGUACGGCUACACCAGCUUCGCGGUCGAUCUCACUGCCGGCGGGCUGCGGCUGGGGCAGCCGAACGUGCUCGCGAUUCGCGCCGAGAGCCGCGGGUCCAACUCCCGCUGGUACGCUGGCGCCGGCCUGUUCCGUCCCGUGUCCCUCCUGGCCCACCCGGCGCUGCACCUCGCGGUCCCCGGCGGCGUUUACGUCACCACGCCGCACAUCGCGCUCACAGCGAGCGACGGCCUGCGCGCCGACGCGACAGUCGCUAUCAACGUCACCGUCGCCAACGCCCGCGGCACGACCGCCGCGGGAGCAGGCGCCCGCGUCGAGCUCUUCGACGAGCGAGGCGUGUCGCUCGGCGUGGGCUUUGCUUCGCUGCCUGAGGUCGGCGGCGGCGGCAGCGCGAGCGUGCUGCUCUCGACGUGGAGCCCAGGGCAGCCCUCACUCUACCGAGCAGUCGCGACCCUCUCGUGCGGCGGCGGCCUGCGAGACGGCUGCCCGGACACGGAGACCGCCACCUUCGGCGUCCGCAGCUUCUCGUUUGACUCGAGCGCCGGCUUCGUCCUCAACGGCCAGUCCGUCAAGCUGCACGGCGGCUGCGUGCACCACGACAACGGCCCGCUCGGCAGCAAGGCGAACGGCCGCGCCGAGGAGCGAUGA